ACAUCACUUCUUGCAGUAGGAACGUAAAGUCUUGAGGUAAUGUUUCCACCGGACUACUUUACAGGAGUGGACCGGUGAAGGAACCAAGGAUGGAAGUGAGAGACUCUAACGCUGCGAUGCUCAGCAAUUAUGAGGUGCAUCAGCUGCUGAUAGAGCUGAAGGAGAAGAGGAAAGAGAGCGUUAAAAACAAGCACAGCACUGGACAGCAGAACCUCAACACCAUCAUGUAUGAGACCCUUAAGUAUCUUUCCAAGACACCAUGUGCUCACCAGAGUCCGGAGACAGUGAAAGACUUCCUUAAAGCGAUGCUUCCACACAAACUCACCAAAGCAGAGAAACUGCAACUGCUGAACCACAGACCACAGACGGCUGUUGAGAUCCAACUGAUGGUAGAAGAGAGUGAAGAACGGUUGACAGAAGAACAAAUUGACGAGCUUCUCCAGACGGUUACAGACCUCCUUCCUGGAGAUCCUCAGCAAGAAGGCGGUGCCGGAGAAAACGCUGAAAUGGAAGCAAGCACAGAUCAGUGAUUGAAAAGAAAACGAUCCAGGGAUCCACGAUCCAGGAAUCGACAUCAUCGGGAUGUUUAAAAACAACUACGUGAUCUUUAGCUAUCGGAAUGUUUUGCUUGUGUAGUUUUGCACCGGAGAAAAUUCUGAAAAGACAUCAUUUAGUUUAAUAAUACCGUUAUUGUACAUAAAACCUGUAGUAACAAGACCGAAGUGGUCAAUACAUCUGCUUUCACGCCUGCAGUAUUUUACGUUCGCUGAAUCUUGUUGGCAUGUUUACUAAGAGCAGGUUGUUAUGAAAUCGCUCGAAAGUGUUGACUGAGAUGCAGAGCUCUGAUAUUGGUUUCAUAUCAAAAUGAAAAUCUAAUAUAUAAAAAAAUUUUUUUUGUAGUUUGUACUUCUUAGACAUGCGUUUAUUAAAACCACAUAAACCAUUGUGUGUGAGAUUACCAAACACAAAGGCAUGGCUUGAGACGAGCAUCCAGGUUUACACAAUGCUAAUCUGUCAGCAGUGAGCUUCCCUUCACGUAGCUCCAGUGCAAAAGUGAAAGAUGUUAAACACGCUGGAAGGAAAUUGUGUAAAGCUAAGCCAUCAAAGCGUGUCUGAGGUUCAUUACAUUAAUGAAAGUUUGUGUUGUUUCUACACAGUGUGAUUUAUUAAAGCUUGGAUCAUGA